AUGGAGUUGAAACGCGUCCUCGUGGCGAACAGGGGCGAGAUCGCCGUGCGCCUUGUUAAAGCUUGCAACAAAAUUGGCAUCACGGCAGUUGCAAUUUUUGUCGAAGAGGACGCUGGCAGUCUUCACGUUAGACUCGCUGAUGAGGCGUAUGAGCUCUCGAACAGUGAUACCAAGGGCUAUCUUGAUAUCGAUAAAGUUGUCGAAAUUUGCCAACAGCACGACAUUCAAGGCGUUAUUCCUGGAUACGGGUUUCUUAGUGAAAAUACGGACUUUGCUAGGCGCUUACAAGAUGCCGGUAUUCUCUUCAUUGGGCCGUCACCCGAGUCGCUCGAGGAGUUUGGCUUGAAACAUCGCGCUCGUGAGCUCGCGAUUCAAGCCCAAGUUCCGGUAGUGCCCGGUACGCCCAUCAUCACCACAUUCGAAGAAGCUCAAGAAGCUGUCAGGUCAUUAGGGUUCCCUGUCAUGGUGAAGGCUACUGCUGGUGGCGGUGGCAUGGGCUUACAGGCCUGCUUCAACCUCGAGGAAUUAGAAGCAGCGGUCGAGACUGUCAGAAGCCGAGGAACGGCUUUGUUCAACAAUGCAGCUAUGUUUAUUGAGAAAUAUGUCCAGUACGGUAGACAUAUCGAAGCUCAAAUCUUCGGCAACGGGCAAGGAGAUGUGGUAUUCCUUGGAGAGAGGGAAUGCAGUAUUCAGAGAAGGCACCAGAAGGUUAUUGAAGAAUCACCGAGCCCCUUCGUGAUGAAGAACCCAGAAAUUCGAGAAAAGAUGAAGAGCGCUUCAGUACUGCUUGCUAAGAGUGUCAAGUACAAAUCUGCUGGCACGGUAGAAUUCCUCGUUGACGACGAGACCGGCCAAUUCUACUUCCUGGAGAUGAACACAAGAUUGCAAGUGGAGCAUGGCGUUACCGAGCUCUGCUACAAUGUCGAUAUAGUGGAGAUGAUGCUGCUUCAAGCUCGAGCAGAGCUCCUAUCCGACGACCGAAACGGCGGCAUGAGCCUGGAUGCUUUCCAGCGUGACGGUCCUGCGGGGCAUGCUAUUGAAGUCCGAGUGUACGCCGAAAACCCGGCCAAAGAUUUCAUGCCCUCUCCUGGUCUCUUGCAGAACGUGAGCUUCCCGACCGGCAGCCAUCUGCGGGUAGACACUUGGAUUGAGACGGGGACCAAUAUUUCUCCCUCCUUCGACCCUCUGCUGGCUAAGGUUAUGGUGCACUCAACAACUCGACAUGGUGCGAUUGAUGGAAUGCAGGAAGCUUUACGAGACAGCUUGAUUCAAGGCCCACCUACAAAUAUGGAGUUCCUUGUCCAGAUUCUUCAAACAGCCGAUUUCCAAUCAGGUUACACACUGACCAACACGUUGUCCAAGAGAUUCAACUACUUGCCAAACGCCAUCGAGUUUCUUAGUCCCGGAGCUUUUACUUCCAUUCAAGACUAUCCAGGACGUGUUGGAAUCCCUCACGGAGUGCCGCCAUCUGGGCCGAUGGACUCCCUUUCCUUCCGAGCGGCGAACAUCUUGGUGGGGAAUCCUGAGGGCACAGAGGCUUUCGAGAUCACAAUGACCGGGCCUGUCCUCAAGUUCUACGGAGACGCGAUACUUGCAGUUUGCGGAGCUCAAUUCAAGAUGCUGCUUAACGACGAGCCAAUAGCUACAUGGACGCGACAUUACAUCAAGUCAGGGUCCAAACUCGAGGUUUUAGGUACCCAAGUUGGUGCCAGGGCUUAUCUUGCUAUUCUUGGUGGCCUUCCAAGCAUUGCAACGUACUUGGGGUCGAAAAGCACAGCUCCGACUCUCAAUUGGGGAGGUUUUCAAGGCCGAUGCCUAAGAGCUGGUGACUUCCUGUCACUGAAGCCUCUGUGCUCUCAGACGGGCUUCCAGCCAUAUCAAGUACCGGAGGUUUGUGUCCCAUUACCAGAGCGCAGUCCUGGGCUCUAUGCUUUGCCAGGUCCGUGGUUCUCUGCCCCUUUUCUAAGCCCAGAAGGACAAGCCCAUGUGUUCAACUGUGAGUUCAAGUUAUCACACAACUCGAAUCGAACAGGAAUGCGGAUGCAAGGUCCGCCGCCAAAAUGGGGGCGAGACAACGGCGGCGAGGGCGGGAGUCAUCCUAGUAACAUGGUUGGAUUUGGUGCGCCCAACGGUUCCGUCGCCUUCACGGGGGAUUCUGGAAUCGUUUAUGCUGUCGACGGUCCGGAUCUCACUGGUUAUGUCGUUACGCAGGUCGUUGCCCAACACGAUCUUUGGAGACUUUCCCAGUUACGCCCUGGCGAAAAGUUCAAAUUCACUCCGAUUACAUGGGCUCAGGCACUUGAGCUCGAAGGCAGAGUUGACAAAUUCUUGGCUGCCAUGAAAGACGGCUCUCCCGUUCCAUUGGAUUGGUCCCUCCCAUCCGAAGAGGCCGGAGAUGGCAUCCUUCACCGCAGCAGCACGUUUAGUAUACGUCAAGCUGGUGAGCGUGCUAUCCUGUGUGUGUUUGAUGGAGAUUUCAGUGUGCGCACCAGAGCACGCGUUGAGCAACUCGCUCGUGCUUUUAGUUCUGCUGGGGCUCCGAGGAACUUGGUAGCCGGUAAUUGCUCAGUCUACGUUCCAUUCGAUCCUCGCGCAAAGUCACAGGCAGAAAUGGUGACAAGCUGUAUUGAACUGGAGAAUGGUCUUCCCUCUGUCGACGAGGUCGUGCUUCCGAGUCGUUUAAUUUACCUACCUGCACUAUUCGAUCCACGGGAGUGUCAUGAGGCAAUCGAACGUUAUAUGACACUCCAAAGGCCAUCGGCGCCGUUCCUUCCAGACAACAUCGACUUCAUAAGGCGCAGUAAUGGGCUCAAGACCAGGGAGGACGUCAAAGAAGUCUAUUUUGGGAAACCCAUGCUAGUUAAUGUCGUUGGCUGGUUGAUGGGAUUGCCCAUCUAUAACCCCCUCGACCCUCGGGAUCACUUGGUCGUACCGAAAUUCAAUCCCUCUCGCAAUUGGACCAAAGCUGGAUCAUUGGGUACUGGGGGAAUGUCCUCAUCAAUAUAUCCGAAUGAUGGCCCUGGCGGACACAUGCUAUGGGGCGCAACGAUUCCUGGACUCUGUUGGGAUACAUACGGACGGAAACCGGGGUUCUCUCGCGGCCAACCUUGGUUAUUCCGAGCGUUCGACCAGAUCAUUUUUCACGAGGUAUCUCGCGAGGAAUUUGACCACAUAGUCCAACGUUUCAGACGCGAGCAGUAUGAGAUCAAAAUCGAACCUGCCCAUUUCGAUAUGACUGCAUACCGCCGGUUAAUGAAAGAAGUAGGCUCUGAGCUGGAAUCGUUACGGGUGCUGCGACAAAAGUGCACACAAAUCGAGCUCGAAGCUGAAGAGAAGCUGUACAAAGAGUGGGAGGUUUCCAGACAGAAGGCCAACGACGUGACGAUAGCUGAGGACGAGAACUUGAUCAAGGUGAGCAUUGACACAACUAGUAACGUCUGGAAAAUAAAUGUUCAGGUGGGGGACAUUGUGAAGCAGGGCGACGUUGUGGUGGUUCUUGAAGCCAUGAAGAUGGAAAUUACUGUUCGGUCGCCCGCCGCCGGAAAGGUUGAGGCGGUUCUCAAAAACCCCGGAGAUUUGGCCGAAGCGGGCGAUACAAUCAUGCUUUUACGUUGA